AGAGAGAGAGAGAGAGAGAGAGCGCAUUGACGGUACAGCUCUCCGUAUGAGACGUGCGUUUCGUCCUCGCGUCCAAGACAGACCGUGCCUGCGGGGGAAGAAAAGGAAGACGUGUCCGGUCCAUGCGCGUCCUCUGUCCUCUGUCCUCUUCUCCGGAGAUUCACGGACACGUCGUUGACACGCUCAUGCUGGAACGGGAGUACGACUUGAGCGGACGGCGCCGUGGGAGAAACCGGAGGACCGCAGGCUAUUCACAGAAUCCAUGGAGAAAAGUUUAGGCAUGAUGCCGGAACCGGAAGAGACUGGAGCUAAAGUAUUGGGAAGCCUGACCAUGGGGGACGAGGAGAUCGCGGAUCGCCGGCUCGGGCUCGUGGACAAGAUCCCGUUAGUGAAACCCUAUUUCAAGAAGAAACACGCGCAAAGGAAACUGGACGCCAAGUGCUUACGGGCUCUCGAGGACCCGAUUCUGAGCACGAUACUCGGAUCGGACGACCUGGUGACCGGAGAUGGCAUUUUCGUGCCUCGGAAUCCGCCGCCGGCGUCCGCGCAGCAGAGUCUGAUAUGCGCCGCGGUCGUGGCGGAGGAAGCGCGCGCUGACGCGACGGCAGAGGAGCUCACGGCGGGCGAGCAGAAAGCGACUGGAGCGACGAGAGACUCCAGCGAUGCGUCUUCGCGCGACCCUGCGACGGCGGCGCAGCGCAGCGCACUCGAGGCAGUGGAGAAGGCGGCGAACGGCUCCGAGUCGUCCGUCGCCGCGCGCGGCGUCAACGGAGAGCUUUUCCGCGACAAGAGCGACGAGGCCUCUUUGGAUCUAGUGUUCGAGCUGCUCAUGCAGCUGCAGUAUCACACGCGCCAGGACGACGCCGUGCACAUCUGCGUGGAUUUCUUGCGCGGCGCGUGUCUGUGCGGCAGCGAGUGCCCGAGGCACCACACCGCGCUGCCUUACCACUGGCAGAUCCGGCGUGCGGACACGUUUGUGUGGCAGAGUGUAGCCGAGGACGCGCAGGAGCAGCUCGAGAGACUCUACUGCAACCCGGACAAUGAACAAAUCCGGCUUAAGUUCCUGGGUCGAGUGUUUAUGCUGGACUUCAGUGCCAUGAGGGUGUGUGAUAUGGAGUUCGAUCUCGUCAGACGCUUGUCCACGCCGUCCAGCUUCGGAACCGUGUCCCCCAGCACAAGCCCCGCCUCCAAUACAAACCAAACCCCUGACUUUCUCACAGUGUGGAAAUAUUACUGCAGAGAUAACUUCGGCUGGAGGGAGUACUCAGAGCCUGUGGUGCGUUUGAUCGAGGAAGCGACCGAGCGAGGGUUGAAGGAGGUGCGCUUCAUCACGCUCCAGAACCAGUACAUCCUGAAUAUCCAUGAGGGCUUCCAACAGAACGCCGUCUUCGGUUUCCGGCGUCAGAUCAAAAAACGACCACACUUCAUGUCCUCCAUUAGACUUUCGCCAUACCUGCAGACACUCGGAGGUCUCUCUGCGCUAGAAGUCGUCGGGCCUCAGCCCCUUUCUCCCACAGCCACAUCAGGACCCCGGAUGUUCCCCGAGACGUGGGUUCCCAUGAACCCCGAACAGGACUUUAUCCAGGUGCCGGUGUCGCGCGAGGACCGCAGCUACCGCACCGUCUACAACCUCUUCCACAAAACAGUGUCCGAGACCAAAUUCCGCAUCCUGAAGAUCCUUCGCCUCCAGAAUCCCUUUCUCUGGGAGAAAUAUAAGCGGAAGAAGGAGUACAUGUCGCGGCGCAUGUCGGACGUGGAGCGGCUCCUGAACGAGCGUCACCUUUUCCACGGCACCUCUCAGGAUGUGGUAGAGGGCAUCUGCAAGCACAACUUCGACCCCCGCGUGUGCGGGAAACACGCCACCAUGUUUGGUCAGGGGAGCUACUUCGCACGCCGGGCGGCCUAUUCGCACAGCUUUGCACGGCGCUCGCCACGCGGCCUCCACUACAUGUUCCUAGCCAAAGUGCUGACUGGAAAGUUCACGGUGGGGAACCCGGGCAUGCGGCGGCCGCCCCCGCUGUGUCCUCGCCAGCCCGCCGGAGAUCUCUUCGACUCUUGCGUGGACAACUGUGUAGACCCGCAGAUCUUCGUCAUCUUCAACGAUGACCAGAGCUAUCCGUAUUUUAUUAUCCAGUAUGAGGAGGUGGCCGGCACCGUCGCCAUCUGAGCCAACGCUCAUUGCUUGGGAGGAUAAUUAUUCUCGUGUUUGUUGGAAGUCGGUCACGGACGGUACGUUACGGACCAUUUAGUCACCACAGUGUGCAUGUCUGAGGAACUGACUCCAGGCUACCGGUCCGCAGCGGUCCUGUGUCCGUAUUUAUGAAUCCGAUCCCACUCUCGGUUCUACGAUACACCGGUGGGCCGUCACUCGGAUUCGGCGCCAUCAAACAUUGACUUUUUUUUCUUUCUUUUUUUUUUUUCCUUUUUUUUGUAAAGACACACCCCUCCCCCCAUCGCUGCCAUCCAUUUUCCGUACUUAAUUAGUUGUACAUAUGCUUUCCUUGUUUAUAUUUGAAAUGUGUGCCUUUUGUUCAUAAAAAAUUAUUUAUGUUAGUUAAUGUAACAAAUAAAGAUUGAAAGUGAA